AUGUUCAAAGCAGUAUGGUCGCAAUACUUUCCCCCAAAGCCCGCUUUCACUGAGACAAAUGUUCCGCCAGGCAGCCAGGUGGGCAAGGUGUUCAUCAUCACAGGCGCCAAUCAGGGCAUCGGCUUCGAGUUGGUCAAGAUGCUCUACCCGACUGGCGCAACCAUCUACCUUGCCGGCCGUUCACAGGAGCGUGUGACCAAAGCCAUUGAACAAGUUAUUUCUUCCACCAAGCCAGUGCCCUCCACACCCGCUACACUCAAAUACCUCUACCUGGAUCUAUCAGAUCUAACCACUGUUAAACCCGCCGCAGUCACGUUCGCAAGCCAGGAACAGCGUCUCGACAUUCUCUGGAACAACGCAGGUAUCGGCGGAAACCCAGAGGGCACGACCACGAAGCAAAACAUCGAAGGUCACAUAGGCAUUAACUGCGUCGCACCCUUGUUGUUCACUCAAGAACUUCUGCCACAACUACAGAAUGCAUCCAAGUCAGCAACUCCCGGCAGUGUGCGCAUUGUCUGGACGUCGUCGUUGAUGGUUGAGACGUUCUCCCCAAAAGGCGGCGUCGACUUCCUCUCCAUUGAAGCGAAGGCAACCACAAACUCCAAAAAAGACUACGCCGUGUCGAAAGCCGGCAACCUGUUUCUUUCUGCAGAGGCCGCUAAUCGAUGGGGCAAAUUCGGCAUUGUCAGCGUCUGUCAGAACCCCGGUAACCUGCUAACGAACAUUUACUCGCACCAGUCCGCGGCGCUGAUGGCGGUGUUGAAAUUGUUUCUGUACGAGCAAAAGAUGGGUGCGUACACGUUACUGCAUGCUGGCUUCUCGCUGGAUAUUUCGCUGGACAAUAACGGCGCGUAUGUGUGGCCGUUUGGGAGGACGAAGCCAAUGAUGAGGCAGGAUAUCGUAGAUGCGAUUGAGGCGGGUAAGGCGGCAAGCUUCUGGGAGUGGUGCGAGAAGAAGUAUGCGAACUUUGUGUAGGCAGCUCAGAGAAAGUUACGCGCUUUUGAGAAUGCUGCAAAACUACUAGUAGCAAAGGCGGAGGUAGAGAGCGAAAGUCUUGCUAGACUCUCUACGCUGAGACUUGCAUUGAAUGUUGCGCGCAGGUUUAGACGUAACAUGGCGCGGGAGAAAGACAGAUAUUGAUGCGAUCUCAGAUCGGUCAAUCACUUACCGGUAUGAUGUGAGGCGCAUGCAGGACGAAGCGGAAGCGGAAGCCCCGCUGCUCAGCCCCGCGACAUUUCAGCCCAACGUCCUUGAAUCAAAACAAAUCUCUCUACAACAGUUUCCGUCACAUGAGGCUUUAAGAGAAAACAGGCACAUCGUGUAUAGGCGACUGUCUGGCACAGCGGAUUAGUCUACAGGAUGGAUCUUAAUAGUAUACUAAA